ACCAACACCAGGUUCGAUAUGACAUCGGUUCCUUCUGCAUUGGCAAAGAUCACUACCCUGUCUUUUUGCGCUUCGAGUCCCAGGGCUCCACCAAGGCGGCGCAGGGGCAGCUUGGUUUCGACGUGUUGGGCACCCAGGACCCUGAUAAGGCAGCAGCUUUCAGGAUGCACUUGGCAGCUUUCCCCAUGGUGCCCCGCCAGGUUGACAUGAAUCAGCACUUGCACGACAUUAUCCAAUACAUGUACGUGGAUCUCGAGUUGGACUUCUUGGUUUCGGAGCUGUUUCAGGCCUUCAUCUCAUGGGGCACUCAUAGGAUGACGGCGAGCGAGCUCACCGAGCACAUGAUCGGUUUCUUGGUCAAGUCGAAGCCGGCCUUGAGAAGGGCCUUGAAGCACUCUCGCAAUAGGCUGCUAGACGACCUCGCGCAGCAGAUGUGCAGCGCCAGGUCUUCCCAUGAGAGUCGCGUGGAAUGGGAGGUGUUGUGCCAGCUGCAAAGAUACGGGGGAAAACGCUCCAGGUUCCAGGUCGAGGGGUUGAGAAUCCGCCGUGGUCCUCAGGGCGAAGUUCUGGCCACUUCUGGAGAUCUCUCGGAGGCCCUCACGGACUACUUUGCUGUAGUCGAGAACGGACAGACACUCAGCUGGGAGGAAUUAGUGGACCGCUACAAUGCCCUCCCCGAGCGUGGAAACGUCUACCCCAGGGAGUUGGACAUGAUCACCCCCUUUCGCAGACCCAAGCAUGACAUCAUGAAGGCAGCCAAGAGGAGAGGAGCUGGACCAGACGGGCUCAGCAACGAUCUCUUCCAGCGUGGCACUGACAUUGCAUCCUUGCACCUUCGAUCGGCCAUGCUGGCAGCCAAAGCUAGGAAGCGCACAUACCUGUCGUUGUACACGGAUUUGAAGGCGGCAUUCUACUCGGUCAUUCGAGGGUUUGUCGCCAGAAUGGCCCAGAACAGUGAGGACAUUCAGAACGCGCUGACGGACUUGGAGGUGCCGGGAUGUCUCGAGCCACUUUGCCAUGCCCUCGUCGCCAAGCCUGGCGCCCUGGACGCGCUCGAAAAUAAGCACCUCUUGGAAGCGGUGGUUGACGUGAUGGAGUGUAACUGGUUCCAAGUACGGGG